AGAGAGAGAGAGAGCACUACUCUCUUCGCGAAAGCAGGACUGUAGUAGCACGCAUAGGCGGUGUGCUUUAAAGUGGGAAGUUUCGAAAAGGAUUCUGUAUAUAUCAGCACCUCCAUGUCGGCUCUGCUGGAUAUUUACACACCGAUGCUAUGGUUACCUUUAUUACGAUCUUACAGGUGAAUCUAGUGAUGUCCAUGUUGCUGUAUGUGUUGUUCCUAGCGUACCUCUACGGUAUCCAGGCAACGCACAUGGAGCGCCAGCAGCCCCCGCCCACCCAGGACCCCAUCAACUCCCUCAUCAUCCAGCUGCUGCAGGCGGACCUGACCCGUGGCCGGGGGAGGCAGGGUGAGGGCCAGGACAGGCAGGCCCAGGACACAUUGCCACCGUUGGGCCUGCUCGCCAUUGACACCCCUCUGGACAACAGUAGAUUCCUGGAGAGGCGCAGCUCGCUGUACCAGCCCAGGUCGUCUGACCUGCUGGGGCAGCAGAAACACUACAACUCUCCCCGGGUCCUGCUGAGUGAGCGGGCGCCCCUGCAGCCUCCUCCGCUCUACUCUAUAGAUGACUACGUGGGCAGCUCUGACAGAACCAACAAGACCCGCAGGAAGAGAUACGCAGAACACAAGAGUUACCGCGGGGAGUACUCCGUCUGUGACAGCCAAUCACAGUGGGUGACAGACAAGACGAAUGCGGUGGACAUCAGGGGUCGUCAGGUCACCGUCCUGGAUCAGAUAAAGAUGGGAACCGCCGAAAGCAACUUUGUUAAGCAGUACUUCUAUGAGACCAAGUGUCGGACUGCCAAACCUUUUAAGAGCGGCUGUCGCGGCAUCGAUGACAAACACUGGAACUCGCAGUGUAAGACCUCUCAGACGUACGUCAGAGCUCUGACGCAGGACCGUACCUCUGUGGGCUGGCGCUGGAUACGGAUAGACACUUCCUGUGUCUGUGCGUUGUCACGGAAACACCGCAGGACGUAAACACACAACCCGACCAUAGACAUUAUGGAAUAUAUUUCCUUAUUGUGAAGGGGGGCUGUACAUAUAAAUUAUUAUUUAAGUUAUGUGAAAUACAUGUAGUUUCUACAUGGCUAUAUAUGAUAUAUAAAUAUAUUUGUUAUUUAUUGAAGUCAUCAUCAAAGGAAAAAAUAAAAUAAAAAAUAAACCAAGAACUCCUAACAUGUGGCUCCACAGCCACCACACAGCCUAGCAUCUUCAGACUCAGACCAUGGAGCUGGACAAUACAGCCUGCAUGGAGAGACUCUACCAUGGAGCUGGACAGUACAGCCUGCAUGGAGAGACUCUACCAUGGGGCUGGACAGUACAGCCUGCAUGGAGAGACUCCACCAUGGGGCUGGACAGUACAGCCUGCAUGGAGAGACUCUACCAUGGGGCUGGACAGUACAGCCUAGCAUCUUCAGACUCAGACCAUGGAUCUGGACAGUACAGCCUAGCAUGGAGAGACUCUACCAUGGGGCUGGACAGUACAGCCUGCAUGGAGAGACUCUACCAUGGAGCUGGACAGUACAGCCUAGCAUGGAGAGACUCUACCAUGGGGCUGGACAGUACAGCCUGCAUGGAGAGACUCUACCAUGGAGCUGGACAGUACAGCCUAGCAUCUUCAGACUCAGACCAUGGAGCUGGACAGUACAGCCUGCAUGGAGAGACUCUACCAUGGAGCUGGACAGUACAGCCUGCAUGGAGAGACUCUACCAUGGAGCUGGACAGUACAGCCUAGCAUCUUCAGACUCAGACCAUGGAGCUGGACAGUACAGCCUAGCAUGGAGAGACUCUACCAUGGGGCUGGACAGUACAGCCUGCAUGGAGAGACUCUACCAUGGAGCUGGACAGUACAGCCUGCAUG